AUGCAACUUGAUUUUUCUGAUCAGAAAAAGGCCUUUGCAUUCAUGGUUGAGGAGUGGCCAGAGCUGUUCUCGUUCGAUAUCAUGAAAAAAACUAACAAAGCUAUGCCAUGUAUGAACUCUUCGGCAAUAACGGACAUAGACAUGGAUGCUCGUCGCCUGAAAGAAGGCGAUAUUAUGAAGUUCAAAUCUGGAUUUCUAAGCAACAAAUGGAAAACCUAUCAUGCAGUGUUGUUUAGCGAUUCAAAAUUAUGUUGGUACGAUGAGAAGGGCGAUCGAAAGCCGAAAGGAUCAAUACUUCUCAAGGAUGUUGUACCAUAUAUCUGUGUUGGAUUAAUGACGGAUCGAAUGCCUGUUAAGCGCCCUUCUUUACCAGAUGGGUAUUCUGUACAUCAUCUCGUUGGUAUUGGUAUGGAUCCACGAGCAGAAACUGUGCAUUGGAUUUUGUUCUCAUCUGAUUCGGAUAUCGAGUCUUGGUUCAACGAAAUCACAAAAACGUUGCCGAAACCAAACCCUCCACCGCAGCAACCACAACCAGCACCUCAGACGGGCCCUGGCCAGCCACCCGGUGGUUACAUACCUCCCGCAAAAUAUCCGGAUGCUCCUCCACCAGUGCAAGGGUAUCCAGCACCAGCCAUUCCGGCUGGUGGCGGUGGACCACCUAUGGGUGGAGCUGCACCGCCACCACCGUACUACAAUCAACCACGAGGCGGCUAUGGAGGUGGCGGAGGGGGCGGCGGCUAUGGACCAGGAGGCGGAUAUGGUGGUGGCCCCACAACGGUUAUCAUCGAUCGAGGAGGCAGUAGUUAUGGCGGAGGUGGGAGUGGUCUCGGAGCCGGAUUGGGAGGUGCAGCUCUAGGAUUCGGGACUGGAAUGCUAGCUGGGUCUCUGAUGAGUUAUGGUAUGGGUUCGAUGUGGGGCGGUCAUGGCAUGGGUGGAUAUGGAGGUGGAAUGGGUGGCGGCUACGGCAGUUAUUACUCGGAUAACGACACGAACAUCACCAACAACUACUACAAUUAUCCGGAUCCAAAUGCUGCUGGUACAGCUGGUGACGCCAAUCAAACUCAGCCAACAGUUGAGGAACCGCAGGAUAAUCAGAAUGACACUGGUGCUCAAGACACUGGCGGCGAUGACUACGGAUACGGCGCUGGAGAUGCUGGAGACACCGGCUACGAUUAUCCAGGGGACGACUAUGGUGGCGACUACGGUGGUGAUUAUGGCGGUGACUUCGGCGGUGGUGACGACUUCGGCGGCGGUGAUUUUGGUGGAGGCGACUUCGUGUGGCCCGUAGCAGUUAUUUUAAACCUUUUCUGGAUUAGUGGGGUGGAGUCGGUAAUUUGUUUCGUCGGGAACAGUUCCAGCGUUCGAAGCAUUGACUUUUCGAACAACUACUGUACCGUAUUCACCGUUCUUUCUGAUUUCCAUUCUUGCAUGCGUACAAAUGUGGAAUAUGGAAGCUUGAAAUCUCCACACAGGAUCGAUGAAAAGUGCUCAUUGUUCGAAGAUCUCGAUGGAAAUCCGGUGGCGGCAUGUUUUUGCAAGACGAACAAUUGUAACAGACCUGCAACUAUGAUGGCCAUCGUUGAGAAAGCACAAAUGAACUAUAGAUGUAUUUGCAAUACAGUGGGAUACUGGAAGCCAUUUACGACAAGAAAUCGCGAGAAAGACGCAGGACUGAUGGGUUGUCUAAGCUCCGCUCUCCGUGCACCUUUCAAUAUUCAUACCUAUGAGAGAAAGACCACUUCCGUCUGGAGUAUGUUAACUAUGGCUAUUGUAAUUGCUUCCGCUGGGAUCUUCUUAUUGUCCGCUAUAGCAUUAGCAUGUUGUUGCAUCAUUGGCAGCAAACCGAAGAAUGACGACUAA